UUCGUUUCUCCCGUCCUUCCCAGAUUACGCAAUUUACGUAUAAAGGCCUAUUCCACAUCGCUGGCUAAGGGCCAUGGCUACGCCAGCCAAGAAGCGUAAAAUGAACUUUUCUGAGCAAGAAGUGGAGAUCAUCCUGGAAGAGAUGGAGAAGCAGAAGCACAUCCUCAUUAACCACUUCAAUGCUGGGGUGCCUCUGGUGACCAAAAGCAACGCCUGGCACGACAUCCUGAAGCGCGUCAAUGCCAUCAGCACGUGCCACCGUGAGCUGGCCGAGGUCAAGAAGAAGUGGUCUGAUCUGAAGACUGAGGUGCGAAGAAAGAUGUCGCAGGCACGGUUGGCGGUGGAAGGUGAAGGCGAUGUGGGCACGGCCCCGGUCAUGCUCACCCCCAUGCAGCAGCGCAUAUGUAACUUGCUGGGCGAGAGCGCAAUACUAACCCUUCCGUCCGACAUACCUGGCCAAGUGGGGAUCAACUCGCCUGGCAGCAUGGCCUUGUCCCAAAUUGCACCAGAGACAACGUUUCACGCCCUAGAAGAGAAUGUGGUGGAGUACUGCACCACAGAGACAGCUACAACGGUAACCACAGAUGCCCCCGUAGGAAUCAUAUCUCCUUCUCAUGAAGUCUCUGUAAAACCCCAAGAGCUGAAGAAUCGAAUUGCUCUGAACUCUGCCCGGCUCCUGCAGGAACAGCGCGUGACCAACCUCCAUGUAAAGGAGAUAGCUCAGCACCUCGAACAACAGAACGACAUCCUGCACAUGAUUCGCCGUUCCCAGGAAGUGCAAGCCAGUGCUCAGGAACGACAAGCGCAGGCCAUGGAGGGAACUCAAGCAGCAAUCAGUGCCCUCAUCCAAGUUCUAAGACCAAUGAUCAAGGAUGUUCGCAGGUUUCUGCAGAGUAGGGUCCCUAACUCGACUGGGGCCAAUGACUGUGACGGUUCUGCAGCUCAAAAUGGACAAUCAGAUAGUAUAAAUCAGUAAAAGGCGAUGGACACCCUGGAGAAUUCAUAAGUGUAUUGUAACCGCAAGCAAGGUGCAAACAGAUCUUCUCAAGCAUGUGGCAGAAGGUGCUACAUACACCACAUUAUUAGUCUUAUUUCAGAGGUUCGUCCUGGAAAGGGAAUAUUUUUUUAAAUAGAAUACAAACUUUAUGUUUUUCUUAAGGUUUCUAAAGGCAGAACUUUCUGCAAUUCAGUAACCAUUGCAUGGAAUAUGGCUUGCAUUGAGAAUAUUACUGCUGUGCUUUAAUACCAAGAAGAAAGAGAACUACAGAUUAAAAGGAGACUAAACACCUUUUAAUGUUUGGAAUGUUCACCGUGUCCCAAUGUUAUAGGACAUUUGUGACUCCGAAUCAACAUCUUCCAGACUGUUUGGAGUACUGUUAAUGAUUUUGUUUUUUAAAUAAAGCCACUCUUCUCUUUG